AACCAUUCACCCAUGGCGGCUCGACUCCUUAAGGCGAUAACCAUCGCAUCUUCUUCAUCACCGCCGUCUGUUUCCCGACAGAUGCUGAAUGAAGCCUCACCUCUGAUAGCCAUCUUUUGUCCUAGCUUGUCUAAGGUUAGGUGGACUUCGACUUCGUCUUCGUCGGAGGACGACUCGGCGACUGCUGCUAGGAAUCCCAAUAAGAAGAUAUCUGAACGUCUCUCCGGUGUUAUAGACGCCGUCAACGACCGGAAGCUACCCCCUGAACUCCGUGGACAGCGCAACAAUGUUAGGUCAGAAACUGAUAUAAUGAAUGUUGUGGAGCGAAGGAUUUGGCGUUCUAUGGAGGAGGGUCAUUUUGAGAACCUGCCAGGGAAGGGCAAACCCCUAAAUUUGAAUAGCAAUCCUCAUGCUGAUCCAGCUGAAGACACAUUAUAUAGGAUACUGUCGAAGAACAAGUGUGCACCAGAGUGGGUGGAACUAAACAAGGAAAUCAGGACCAACGUUGCUGAAUGGCGAUCAACCUUAAAGAAAGCAUGGGCUCGCAAGGAGAGUGGAGAUAUGUCCAAAUGGUUUGAAUAUUCAGAUUCUUUGAAACUUCAGCUGCACAGCAUCAACGAUAAGGUUUUUCGGUAUAACCUGAUCGUACCAUUUGGACGUCAGAUGUUAGGGUUAAAAUGGGAAAAAGAACUCGCUCGCUUGAAUGAAGUACAACCAGGUACCUGACUUGACCCAUUUGCUUGUGUUAUCUCCAUAUAUGUACGCUAUACACACCUAUGUAAAUCAAAAUCAAGUCAAAUCAUAUAUUGAAAAUAUAAAAAUUGCUCUUGAUGUUGAUGUGCGUUAGAAGAAUGAUAUUAAGACGUAGGUGUAUAUUUGACAAUCUUAGGUGUGCAAUUAUAACUCCUUUAGCUUUCUGUACUA